GUGGCCUAGGCGCAAAGCCCCGCUGCGGGCGGUGGCCGCAGUUCCCAGCGCGCGCUGGCUCCGGCGGCCGCUCCACACCAUGGCAGGACUGGGGCGGCCGGGCCCGGGGCCCCGUGCGGCAAUGCCUGCCUGGAAGCGGGAGAUCCUGGAGCGGAAGCGGGCCAAGUUGGCGGCUCUGAGCGGAGGGACUGUGCCCGGGGCCAGGCUCGACGCAGCGGGGCCAGUAGAGCCGGUGGAGGAGCGGCUCGUGCUGGCCGAUAGCCUGGGCCCACUGCGCGAGAACCCAUUCAUGCGGCUCGAGUCGGAGCGGCGACGAGGGGCGCGGGGCGCCGGGAGCGCGGGCGCGGCGGGAGCGCGGCCGGUGCAGCAGCUGCUGGAGCUGUACAGCCGCGUGCCGGGCGUGCGCACCAUCCGCGCCGACAACAUUCUCAUCAUCGAGUCGGUGCCUGGCUUCCCGCCUGCUGCCCCCGGCCCUGAUGCGGGCCCAGCUGCCCGCAUCUGCGCCGCCGAGGUGGUGGUAUACGAGGCGCCGGCUCCGGCGCCACCCGGCCGCGUCAGCCGCCUACUCCAGAAGUUCGACCCGCCGACUGCGCCGCGCUGUCGCGGGAGCCCGGAGCGCAGUCGCCCCUUGCCACCGCCGCCACAGCCACCUUCCCCUGGCCCAACUGGCCCACGGGUGGGUGAGCGCGUCGCCUGCUUUGAGUCUGAGCGCCUCAGCGCAGGACCCAGGGCGCGACGCAGCGACUUCCUGCAGAAGACCAGCAGCAACUCCUUCACCGUCCAUCCCCGCGGCCUGCACCGCGGUUCGGGCACUCGCUCUCUCCCCAACGGGCCCGCGGCCCCAGAAUCCCAGGCCGGUGCUGCCAACUGCAUUGCGGGUUCUGAGUUUGGGCCGGGCGACUGCAAGCCAAAGGUGGAGUCAGGGGAAUUCCCAACCCACCCGCCCCCCAGCCCCAGGACCUCCAGUGCCACCCCAGCCGCGCCCCCGAUCUUGCCCAUGCCCAGCCAUGCCAGUGCCACUCCCAGCCAGCGCCAGUGGGUCUCCUCGGCCACUAGCGCCAACGACUCCUUCGAGAUCCGGCCGGCCCCCAAGCCAGAUAUGGACACAAUUCCUGCCGGGGACCUGCAGGCCCUGGCCCUGGCCAGCCUCCGCGUGAACUCGCGAAACUCCUUUGUGUUCAUCCCCAAGCGCAAGGCCUUCGGAACCUCUGUCAGAGGGAGGCAGUGCGCGAGGCCCCCAGAGACAGAGGUUGUCUGGGCUUCCCAGGACUCCCAGAGCGGAGCCCAAGUGGUGGCUGGAGCCGAUAAUGCGCCUGCCAGUGGGAGGGGCCCCUCGGGGGUCCAGGAGGGGACCUGCCCCAGGCCAGCCACUGCCCUAGUGGACCGGGCUGUGAGGUGGCCGAGGCCAUCCUCACCACCGCCACCCCCAUCCCUUCCGGCUGCCACCGAAGCUGAGCCUUCCCAGGGCUUCGGGGUUCCCGGCCUGGCCAAGAUUGGUGGGGAGCCUGCUAGACCAGGGCUGCCUGUCACCUUCAUUGAUGAGGUGGACUCGGAGGACGAGAUCCCCCAAGAAGCCAAACUGACCUGCUCAGCGGCUGCUGUGCCUCCCCAGUACCAGCCGCCAGAGCUCCUGCAGCGUGGUGGCAACACCUUUACAGUGGUGCCCAAGAGGAAGCCAGGGGUCCUGCAGGCCAAUGGGGGGCCCAGGCCACAUGAGGCCGAGGAGGUGGAGGUGGGCGGCCUCUCAGAGCCGCCCACUGUCCCGGGGGCAGCACUGAAGAAGCGCUACCCCACGGUGCAUGAGAUCGAAGUGAUUGGCGGCUACCUGGCCUUGCAGAAGUCCUGCCUCACCAAGGCUGGCUCCUCGAGAAAGAAGAUGAAGAUCUCCUUCAAUGACAAGAGCCUGCACACGACCUUUGAGUACCCCUCCGAGAGCUCGCUGGUGCAGGAGGCGGAGGGGGAGGAGGAGGAGGAGGAGCAGGAGGAAGCGGAGGAGGGGGCCAACGUCAACGGGGCCGUGGAGAAGCCCUUUGCGCUCUUCGUGCCCCGAGCCAAGUUUGUGAGCAGUGUGGCGCCCGAGAGCCCUCGCCUUCCUGAUGGCAGCUCAGGCCUGUCCAGCUAUACUCCGAAGCACUCCACGGCCUUCAGCAACUGGCAGGAGCAGGCACUGGCCCAAGCCCCAGCUGAGGCCGAGCCCUCGCAGAAGGAGGUCAUGCUCACCCCUGCCAGUCACGACGACCUCUCGGACUUCCGCAGCGAGCCGGCCCUCUACUUCUGACCCCAGUCCCUCCGGAUGGCCAGCACUGCAGCUCCUUUGGCCCCGCCGGGCUCUGCUCCCCACGACCCACCCUCCCUUCCUGGGGCACCUGGGGUCACUCUGUCCCUUGGGACCUCACUCUCCAGCCAUAGUGUAGGGGUAGGGUCCUGCCGGCCGCUAGGCCCAGGGCCUGCUUGAUGUGUCCAGGGUGAAGGGCUGGCUCAGCUGCCUGUCCUCUGCAGGACCACAAGUAGCCCCCAGGUUAUCCCCACCCGUGGCUGAGCUCGGCCUGCCUCCCUGGUGGUGAAUGGAAGUCUGUUCUUGCCUCUGACAAUGGACUCAAUAAACACCACCAGAUGA